GUAACCGAGUUUGGCGACACGCUGUUCAUCGUAUUGCGGAAGAGGCCGCUCAUCUUUCUGCACUACUACCACCACGCCGCCGUGCUCGUGUACGCCAUCCAUUCCGGUUCCGGGCACAAUGCCACUGGGCGUGUGUUUAUGAUGAUGAACCUUUUUGCCCAUGCGUUGAUGUACACCUACUUUGCGGUCAAGGCGAAACAGGUGAACGUGCCCCGCUGGGUGGCAAUGGCGGUGACGACCGUGCAGACAAUUCAAAUGCUAGCCGGGGUUGCCGUCAGUAUCUUUGUCUGGUGGGCGAUGCGGGCGAGGGCGUGGAAAUGCCAGCAGUCCACCGCCAACCUUUAUCUCGCCUUUUUCCUCUACGCAACGUUUGCCGUGCUGUUCGUGCAGUUCUUCUGCCGGACCUAUCUAAAGCCGCGUGAGAAGGAGGCGAAAAAGAUGGAU